CCUGCUAAUACUUUUUUUUGCCCACUGCACCCCGGCACCGCUAAUCUUCCAGCGCUCACUACAGUGGAUCCCGCCCCCUGGCGCCUUUGGCCUUACGCUACCGUACGGGUACGCGACACUGGUACCGUACCGCUUUUAGCACCCGCUGGCGUGGCGCUCUAUUAUUUUACAGUGGCUCACCUCCGCUGCCGCUUCCUUUUUCUUUCGCCAGAGGCUUCUUUGCACGACCCUCUUUAAAGCUCUUGCAUCCGCCCAGCUUCGCAUCCCGGGCCUCGCAUCCCUCCCCCAAUUCCAACUUUUUUCUUCAACCCAGUGCCCUGCGGGCAUUGAUACCCUGACCUGCGAACUGUUUCCUUUGCGUCCAACCUCUGCUUCUUUCCGCGCUCCCGACAGCGUUCUAGGGGCCGCAUCCGUCCAACCUCUCGCCGCGCUGGGCCACCCCAUGUCGCCUUCCCCAACCCAGCGCCAUCCGAGCUCGAGCUUGUUGCGAUUUCUUGGACGACACGACCCAACAUGUGGAGGCGAACAUAUCUCCUCCUAGCCAUUAUACGGCUGUGGUUUGCUCUGUCGCCCAGCUACCUUCACCCCGAUGAGAACUUCCAAGGUCCGGAAGUCAUAGCUGGCGAGAUUUUUAGUUACCCGGUCCGUCGAACGUGGGAGUUUACAAACGAACAUCCGAUACGAAGCGUCUUCCCGCUAUGGCCCGUCUACGGCUUACCAAUGUUGCUUCUGCGCUGGCUUUGGGUCGGAAAUGGACAGGACGGAGAGAUUCCUCCCAUUGUAGUUUUCUGGACUCUACGGGUGCUCAUGUUCCUCACAAGCUUCGUCUUGGAAGACUGGGCCAUCCAUGAGCUUAUCCCGUCGCCGCGCCAUCGCCGCAUCGCUGUGUUACUCGUUGCGUCGUCAUACGUAACGUGGACGUAUCAAACUCAUACAUUUUCGAAUUCCAUCGAAACGCUUGUCGUAGCGUGGAGCUUGGUUUUGAUUCAGCGAAUCGUAGAAUCCAAGCAACCGUCUUUGCUCGCUUCCACGAUUCUCGGCAUCGUAGUUAUAUUCGGCGUCUUCAACCGUAUUACCUUUCCAGCAUUUUUAUUAAUUCCUGGCCUUCGUUUGAUACCCCAUUUCCUCAACAAACCCCUUUCCCUCGUGGCCCUGGCUUUGGCUGCGCUUACCACUACAUUAAUUGCGAUUGCGCUGGACACCGCAUUCUAUUCCGCAACUCCUAUUACCUGGGCCGAUUUACUCUACCGACCCGUCAUUACACCACUCAAUAACUUCUAUUACAACUCAGUCACCGAGAAUCUCGCCCAGCAUGGCCUGCACCCUUGGUACCAGCAUCUGUUGGCCAAUAUCCCCCUUCUUCUUGGCCCCGGGGCUGUUUUAUUAUUCACGAGACCACAUCUCUCCAUCAGGCUCUACUCAGCCAUCUCCGGCUUAGUAGUGCUCUCUAUUUUCCAGCACCAGGAAGCCCGCUUCCUGCUACCUACAGUACCGCUGAUCCUUUCAUCAGUGCGAUUACCAUCAAACAAAACCGUCCUUCGCGUCUGGGUUGGGUCAUGGAUAGCAUUCAACUUGGCACUAGGACUGCUCAUGGGAAUAUAUCACCAGGGCGGCAUUGUCCCAGGCCAGGUGUUCAUGAGCAACCAACCGGAUGCGACAAAUGCUAUUUGGUGGAAAACAUACUCCCCACCUAUUUGGCUGCUGGAUGGCAAAAACGAAGUUUUGCAGACCAAAGAUGUCAUGGGUAUGAAAGGCGAGGCGCUGCUAAACCAGCUGACUUCGCUGGCCACAUGUGACACCCCCGCCGACCGUCGCAACCAGGAAUACCUCAAAGAAAAAAAUGGUACUUACCUUAUUGCGCCCGCGUCAGCUACUUGGCUCGAUCAGCAUCUACCGAAUAAAGGUUUGCAAGGUUUGCGGUUCCGUGAAGUUUGGCGGUACCGCCAGCACCUGAACCUGGACGAUCUUGACUUUGGCGACGACGGUGUGUGGAACACGCUAACAAGAGUCGUUGGCCGCCGCGGGCUCGUCGCGUGGCGAGUAACAAAAAGCUGCUAGUGGCGUAAAAGUUCUCAACAUCGCUAGAUAAUUAUAUUAAUACAUUGUAUUUAUAUCCU